UUUUGUGAACAGAGAUCCUUUCAGAGACGAAUAACAAUUCUACUCCCAGAUUCCAUUUAUCAUUUUGAUAUAGAAUUUUUGAUGCAAGUGAGCUGUCAACUUAUUCACAGUUUUGUCAACUCUUUUGUUCGAUUGUUCCAUUGGUAUCUUUAUGGUUUCUCAUCACGAGAUAUUGGGCCAAAGUCAGCUGCUCGAUUUGUAACGUCGUUUGAAUAAAUCUCAAAGAAUAACACAUAUAAUGUAUUGGAAAUAAAAAAAAAACAUGUACAUUUUCCUUUCGUAGGGUUAAGGGUUUCUACAAAUCUCAUUAAGUAUCCAACAAGCUCUGUGAGGGGUUUAUCAUACCAAUUAUUUCUCCAAAUUUAGUUUUUUGGACUAUAGCAGUCUGUAAGACUGUUCAUCGGACCUCAGCUCCUGUAAUUAAUGGCAAGUCAACCUGAAACCAUCUAACCAUGGGUAGCUACCUGAUGAUGCUGUAUGUUACUGUGGACCAGGAGUUGGCCCUCAAGUCCUACUUCACUCAACAGGGCUGGCCAUUCAAAAAACCAGACCUGAAAGUCACUACAGAGGAGCUAGGAGGGGUUGUUCAAAACUGUUUGCAAGACCCUGAAGAACCUCAGAGACCCACUCCCGCACUACAGGAAAAACAUCCGUCCAACAAGAGAAAAGCUCCACAAAAGCAACGGUUGCCUGCGAAAGUUGCAAGACAAGUGUUGCCUACUGUUGACAAUAAUGUGCCUUCAAAUGAAGUCCAGGAUUCUGUAGAGACAUCAACUGCUUAUGAAGAUAUCGUCGCAAAGGUGGAAAAGAAGGAUGAAGUAAAUGAAUACCAUGUUGCUACAAGUAAAACAGUAAACAAUAUUGUUAUAGAAGGAGAAGACUUCAUUGUAAAGGAAGAACUUCCAGACAGCAAUGAUGAAAGUGACAAUGACACAAUUGAUAAUGACUUUGACAUUGCUGAAGAAUCAGGUGUUGAUAGUAAAGUCGAACCACCAGAAGAUAUUCCAGAAACAAGGACUCUUGAUGAACCUGGCACAUGUUCUGAGAUACUGGUAGGAGCAUCUGGGCAGAAAGAGUCGUCCAUAAAAAAUAUGGAGACUCCUUAUGUAUGCAAAGAAUGCGGGAUGCCAUUCAAAAACAAGAAACACCUCUUAGACCACGAAAGAAGGCAUUCUGGCCAAUCGCCAUAUCGUUGUUGCGGGAAGGGUUUUACUUCCCGUGCACAUUUAACAAGACACAGGUGCAGCAAACAUGGCGAGACGAAAUACCACGUUUGUGCAACUUGUGGCAAAUCAUUUGCUCUUGCAACGGACUUAAAGAGACAUGAACUACGCGAAAGUGGCCAGUUGAAGCUAACUUGUGAUGUUUGUGGGUUCAAAUGUGAUGAUACGACCAAUCUCAGCGACCAUAUGUCUGCUAAACACAGGGACAUGACGCGUCACAAAUGUUCACAGUGUCCCUCCGCAUUCAAGUUUAAAUCUGGACUCAGCAGGCACAAUAAGGCGAAACACACCUAAUCAGGACACAUUUAUUCUUUAGAAUUGUCACCUGUCAUAUUACUUACGUUUAAGGUUGGCAACACAUCAUGGUGUAAUACUUCAAUCUACAAAAGUAUACGUUAACAUUCAUAAGUCAAAAUGUAUCGCGGCUUUUUUUCGUUUAAAUAAUUUUAAGUAUACUUUAGUUUUGAAAAAAUGCAAUGGUCUAAUAAGAAGUGCAUUCCAGUAAUUUUGCCGAGUUUAAAUAGCGUUUGGACGAAUUUGUCAUUAGCUCCACUGGCCGAAGGCCAUGGAGCUUAUGUCGUCACAGAUUGUCCGUCGUGAGUUCGUGCGUGCGUGCGUGCGUAAACUUUUACUUUUAACGACAUCUCCUCUGAAACUGAUAAGCGGAUUUUGACAAAACUUCACAGGAAUGUUCCUUUGGUGGUCCUUUACCAAAAUUGCUCAAAUGGUUCCGGUCCAUUGCACAAUAUGGCCGCCAGAGCUAAAAAUAGCAAAAUCUUUAAACGACAUCUCCUCUGAAACGGUUCGGCAGAUUUUGAUGAAACUUGACAGUAAUGUUCCUUGGGUGGUCCUUUAUUAAAAUUGCUCAAAUGGUUCUGGUCCAUUGCACAAUAUGGCCGCCACAGCUAAAAAUAGCAAAAUCUUUAAACGACAUCUCCUCUGAAACGGAUAGGCAGAUUUUGAUGAAACUUGACAGAAUUGUUCCUUGGGUGGUACUUAACCAAAAUUGCUCAAAUGGUUCCGGUCCGCUGCACAACAUGGCUGCCAGGGCAAAAAAAUAGAAAAACCUUUAAAGAACAUCUUCUCAGAAACCGAUGAUCAGAUUUUGAUGAAACUUUACAGAAAUGUUCCUUGGAUGGUCCUUUAUCAAAUUUGCUUCAAUGGUUUCGGUCCACUGCACAAGAUGGCCCCCAGAGGUAAAAAUAGAAAAACCUUUAAACGACUUCUCCUCAGAAACCGAUGAUUGUAUUGCAAUGAAACUUGACAGAAAUGUUACUUGGGUAGUCCUUAACCAAAAUAGCCCAAACAGUUCUGGUCUGCUGCACAACAUGGGCACCAGAGCUAAGAAUAGAAAAAAAACGUUAAACUACAUCUUCUCAGAAACCGAUUAUCAGAUUUUGAUGAAACUUUACAUAAAUGUUCAUCGGGAUGCCCUUUAACCAAAAUUCCCCAAAUGGUUCCGGUCCGCUGCACAACAUGGCUGCGAGAGUUAAAAAAUAAAAAAAAACUUUAUACGACUUGUCGUCGAAACCGAUGACCUUUUUUCGAUAAAACUUGACAGAAAUGUUUGUUUGGUGCUCCUUUACUCAAAUUGCACAAAUCAUUUCGGUCCACUGCACAACAUGGCAGCCAGAGCUAUUAAAGUAAAAAAAUUUUUUAAAUAACUUCUCCUCAAAAAUUGAUGAUUGUAUUUCUAUGAAACUUGACGAAAAUGUUCGUUAGGUGGUCUUUGCUUGAACCUUUUGGCCAGUGGAGCACAGGCACUGAUGUGCCUCUUGUUUUAUUAUUAAUAAGAUAAAAAGCAAAAAGUACGGUUACCAAAUAUCGAUAGAUGGCUGCUGUACUUAUUGUGACUUUUUCGAGAUUGUUAAUAUCUGUUUUCCUAGCAAGCAAAUUUAAUGACUUGUAUUUGAAUAAUGUAUCUUCUUGAUGCUUUGUUAUUUAAAUCACCAUUGAGAAUAGUUGUCGCCUUUUUUGGAUCUUCGACGGUAAUAAACGGGCUGGUGUCGGCGGCGGAGAGCCCAAUAUUUGCUUUGAUAACAGGAACAGUGUCAUUUACAUAAAUAAGAAAUAGCAAGGGACCUAGAAAAUGAGCAACAAUAAAGUCAAAUGAUAUACACAUAAUAAUGCAAUAAAAUUGCAUCUAAUUAGUGUUUAUAUGGCUUCAUGGGGACAAAAAUUAGUGGCCGUGGCCGCGUUAGACAGUUGGCCCCUUAAUGCACGUACAUUAUAUAGUAAAAACGUACGGGUGGAAUUUGGAGUGGCCCGUUAAGGCAGGUGGCCAUUUAAAGCAGGUGACCGUUCAACCAGGAUUGACUGUAAUACGUUUUUGUUGUUCCAUCUUUCAAGCGUAAACCUUUAUUUGCCACCUUUAAACAUAGUUAUUCGAUUGUGUAAGUGAACAUUAAAUUUAAUUGGUUAAGGAUGCAUUCUUACUCCCAAAUAAGAUUAACCAUAAUUUAGUAAUAUUGUUUUGAUAUUCCAAAAAGGAUGUAGAAAUGUCGAAAACGAUGGUUCUUUUGAAGGAUUCCGAGUUUAAUCUGAAAAAUGAACAUUAAACACGGUAUUUCUACCUUAUGAGACUAUAGUAGACCACAGUAAAUCUUUAAGCAUUUACCAAACAUUUAAUACUUUUGUGCUUUCUGCUAUUUAAUACUCGGUUACAGUCUUGUUAUCAUUAAUUAAUAUUUCCAUAAAUGCAUUAUUUAGUAAGUAGUUGAAGGUUUAUCAGUCAAAAUAUAUGUUUGUUCCGGUUUCUGUUUUUUUAUUGCCCAAAUGUUCAUUCAUACAAACAUUUAUAAAUGACAUAAUUAUAUAUGCAUACCAUUUAAUACAAACCGUUAUACUAAAUAAUAUCAAUGUGAACAAA